UCUCCCUUUUCUUCUCUUCUAAUGGCUUUGUGCCGAUUCGCUUAUUGUUCCCCUGCUUCAUCUGCUUCCACCAUUAUUCGUUUCCCGAAAUCAAAACACGUUAAAUUCUCUUUGCUGUCAUUCUCAUUCGCAACGAUGGAAGCUCCUCCAGAAGGUUAUCGAAGGAACGUUGGUAUCUGUCUCAUGAACGCUCACAAAAAGAUUUUCGCGGCUUCGAGGCUCGACAUUCCCAAUGCUUGGCAAAUGCCGCAGGGUGGCAUUGAUGAAGGUGAGGAUCCGAGAAAUGCAGCUAUCAGGGAAUUAAGAGAAGAGACGGGAGUUAAUUCGGCAGAAGUGAUCGCUGAGGUACCAUAUUGGUUAACUUAUGAUUUCCCACCGAAAGUGAGGGAGAAAUUAAAUAUUCAGUGGGGAUCUGAUUGGAAGGGUCAGGCACAGAAAUGGUUUCUUUUAAGGUUCACUGGGCAAGAUCAAGAAAUCAAUCUUCUGGGUGAUGGCACCGAGAAAGCUGAAUUUGGGGAAUGGUCAUGGAUAUCACCCGAACAAGUAAUUGAUCUUGCGGUAGAUUUCAAAAAGCCUGUCUACAAGGAAGUCCUAGCAGAGUUUGCUCCAUAUUUCCAAUAGUCCUAUCUCUGUCUGAAAUUGUUACGGCUUUCCAAUGGCAGUGCUUUUGGCGAUUCUGAGGCUGUUUUUAAGAAGAAUGUAUUCCAAAUAACUACCUAGACAGGCGAAGAGAGCUAUUUAUUGUAUGUCCGAGUGAAAUAUAUGUAUUAUGGUUAAAAUUGGCAUAUCAGGAAUUGCAUCUUUCCACUUCCUUUUCUUCAUGAUGAAACAUGGCACGUAUUUUACCCUAUGAAAUGAGUUUUGUGAGUACUAACAUA